AUGUUCUGGAUAGAGGACAUCCGGCGAUUCAAGGAAACAGGCGAAUUGCCGGAAGACCCGGGAGUCGCCGCUAGGAUUCGACGAAAAGCCCCCUCUUUCGAAAUUAUUGAUGGGCAAUUAUACAAGCGGUCGUUCGGAGGUCCUUUAUUGAAAUGCUUGCUCAGGCCUGAGGCCGAAAAAAUAAUGGACGAGGCUCAUAGAGGCAUCUGCGCCGCACACCAGGGCGCCCACACGCUCGCCCGAAAGUUAGUCGUCCAGGGGUAUUAUUGGCCGGCUAUGAUGCGAGAUUGCAUCGAGUGGAUAUCCAAGUGUGGCGUUGAACCGUUGGCCACUAUCACUGAGUACCAAUGCCGACGCUUCCUAUGGAAGAGGGUGAUUUGCCGCUUCGGCUUGCCCGAGCAUAUUGUCAGUGAUAAUGGGCGACAGUUCGACUGCCAAGCGUUUGCUGACUUUUGCCGCCGACAUGAUAUCCGCCAUACCAAGGUAUCCGUGGCGUACCCGCAGGCCAAUGGGCAAGUCGAAAAUGUGAAUCGGACCCUAGUGGAUGGAAUCCGAAAGAAAUUGGAAGAUAUCAGAGGAAAUUGGGCAGAUGAGCAUGACCGAGUCCUAUGGGCUUAUCGCACUACGCAGCGGCGAGCUACCGGAGAGAGCCCAUUCUCCCUUGCGUACGGCUUCGAAGCUAAGGUCCCAAUUGAAGUGGUCGAGCCCGCUCACCGGGUCCGCACUUAUUCCGACACGGAGAAUGAAGAAAGUCUUCGGAUUGAGAAAAAUUUCCUAGAAGAAAGAAGAGAAGCCGCGAGUGCUCGGAUGGUCGAAUAUCAACAAGCGGUAAAAAGAUAUCGCGAUCGGAGGAUUCGCCCACGAACUUUCCAGGUCGGCGACCUCGUCUUACGAGACCGGCAAGCGAGCCAGCCCACGGAAGGAGGCAAGUCCGCGGUAAAGUGGGAAGGACCCUAUCGCAUUGCCGCGGUGGUCCAGGCCGGCACUUACAAGCUUGAAACUCUGGAAGGCAAGCCUGUGGACCGAAUCUGGAAUGUCAUCCACUUGAAGAAAUUCUAUCAGUAG